UCAGUCACUCGGGUCUCGUUGGAGAAGGCCGGCAUUGGUUUGAUAUCAUGGUUAAUAAGUACAAGAUCCCUCCGGGGGAGAAACAUUUUGCCUGUAUGGUUGACCUAUUGGCUCGUGCCAGACGAGUCGAAGAAGCUUAUGAGCUAAUAGAUUCUAUGAAUACUGAACCUGGCAUUACUGUUUGGGUUGCCCUCCUAGCAGGUUGCCACAACCAUAGGAAGUUGUCCAUUGGAGAGGUCGCAGCAAAGAAGGUCCUCGAGUUGAAACCGGAUGACUUGGGAAUUUAUGUUUUGGUCUCAAACUUUUAUGCCAUGGCAAGGAAAUGGGAUGAUGUAGCUGGUAUGAAGAAGAUGAUGAAACAUACAGGAACCAAGAAAGUGCCUGGCUAUAGUGUUGUGGAAGUAAAUGGAGAGCUCCAUGCUUUUCUUAUGGAAGAUAAGACCCACCCACAUCAUGAAGAUAUUAUACUGCUUUUGAAAAAGUUGGAUCAAGACAUGAGAUCUGUGGGAUAUAUCCCAAGGACUGAAUUUAUGUUGCACAAUUUUGAAGAGGAACAUUCCUCAGAGCAAAGAUAA